AAAAUUAGUACUUAGGCUGCUGCACGACUGGCCACACUGACAAUCAUAGAAUAGUUUCAAAGUCUGGGCAUUUUUACAUAUGGUGACCACCGAUAGCGUUCCAAAAAAAGUCGCGACUGAGUAUAAUCAUCAAAAUUCGUAUAAUUUUGGCAUCCAUGGAACAAAAAUCAAGUGUUUCGGCGUUACAAGAGUUUUGCGCCAAGGCGAAAACUGGCAAUCCAGUUUACGAUUUCAUUGACGGCGAAGAAGGUGGUUACAUUUGCAAAGUUGUGCUCAUGGAUACCGAAGCCUUUGGAAAUGGACGCUCUAAGCGGGAUGCCAAGCAUUUGGCAGCUGCCAACAUAAUGCGUAAACUGCGCAAGCUGCCCGGCUUUGACAGUUUGGGCAGCACUGCUACAGUUUGCAACAAUAAUGUCGACGACAGUGUGCAAAAUGAGAUGGCAAACAUGAACCGCGACAUGCUGAAAGAGUUGCGCGACUAUUGUGUGCGUCAUGACAUGCCAUUGCCCACCAUUGAAAUUGUGCAGCAGAGUGGCCAACCCAACGCCCCCGAAUUUGUCGCCUGCUGCUCGGUGGCUUCGAUUAAACGUUAUGGCAAAUCCGAUAGCAAGAAAGAUGCACGCCAACGUGCUGCCAUCGAAAUGCUGUGCAUCAUCUCCACCUCGGAUACAAUCAGUAAUGUGAAUGCCUCCACAAAUUUGGUUAGCACCAAGCCACAAAAUGCCGACUUGGACGCCGACUUGGAAGAUUUGGAAAGCGAGAGGCGUCGCAAAUUCAAAACAUAUCGUGAACUAAUCGACGCUGGUGGCGAUGAUACGCGAAAUAUCAAAAUUAGCGAUCGUCACAAUUAUUUCAAGAGCUUUUAUCCAGCAUUAAAGACGGCUGCCUUCGAUGUCAUAAAUUCCCAGGAAUACUUUUCUCAGAAGGAGCAGCUAGACGAGUUGUUGGAUGCCUUAAAGUUAACGUCGAAAGUUAGUCAAUUGGAGUCGACGUCUAUGGAGCCUCUGUUGCAAAUCGAAUUGAAAUGCGAUUUGAAUUGUCUGUUCAUUGGAUUGGAGAGCGUGAUCUAUAAGCAAAUUAUACAAUAUUUGCGAGAAAUGUUAAUUUAGGCGACUCACAUUCGAUACUAUAGUCACAUCUCAUAAUUUAUAACAUUAGGUAUAUUUCAACUAAUACUUAAAACUAAAUAAACGUGUUAUUUACAGACUACACAGUAUGUACAUACAUCAUAUAUAU